GAGUAAUUAUAAGUCAGAUACAGGAAGGUCUUUACCAGCCCCACAUCUCAAGCUGUUUUAGUAAAUUCUUUCAAUUCUGCAAGAUGAAUUGGGAAAAUCUUUGUAUUUGGCUGAUUGCAACAUCAUACUGCUGCUUUGCAGCAAAUGUGCCAAACAAUCCAAACUCUUAUACUCUUACAGUAGAUGUACUGAGCUCAAUUCUAUCCUUUACUGCCUGUGUAACACUUCAAGCAUUUCUGGUAAGACAACCUCAGCAGUCCAUCCUUGGUGGAAUCUGUAUUCAGUUCUUGGUGGCCAUAGAGGUUGGAAUUAUCCAAAUCAUUACACUCAGUCUUCUCACAAAUAUUGCCCAUGAAAGUUUGAACAGCUUCUAUUCUAACUACCCAGAAAUAGCCAAAUAUGUAAUGAACAACAUUCCUGUAGGAUGUUGUAUAUGUGGGUAUCUGUUGACACUAUCUGCUGCUAGAUUUGUGCUUAUUGCCAGCCCAGAUUACUACCAAAGCAUUAACCAAAAAAUGUGCCUAAAACUUUCGGCCACAUUCAUCAUUGUGAUAAUAAUAUUAGAUUUAAUGUUAAAUCAUGUCCGAUGCUUAGUUACUCACUCACCAAAUUACUCCACUAUGAGCAUCUUACAUACAAGAAUUGAAUUUGGUAUUUUAAAUCAAUCCAUGAGUAAUUCAUCAUGGAACAGUCUACCUGAAGAAUUAGAGUGUUUUGAGUUCCUCAUACCUACAGCAAUACUCAUUGUGUCUUCAUUGUUGGAAGUGAUCAAGGUUGUAAUAUAUACAGUCAGAUUGUUCAGAAGAUUAAAAUACGCUGCACGAAGCACAAAAACACCAGCGACAAAAGUUGUGAUUCAACAGGAGGUGGUAGAAAACUCAGUGGAUAUUAAAUUUCAGACAAACCUCUUUAAAACAUCUUUAACUGAAGAUGAUACAGAUAUAGAAUGUAGACUCUCCUGUAUACAAGAGAAACCUGUAAAAAACUCAACGAACAUUAAAACAUGUGCUAACUAUUGUAAUAUUCAGGAAACCUCUUCAACUAAAGAUGAAAGGUUUGAAGAAAUAAAGAAACCCAAGCUAUCCCUAAAAAGGGCAACUGAAGAAAACUCUAUGGACUAUGUGUUCCAGACUCACCUCACUGAUAUCCAGAAAACUCCAUUAACUGAUAGGUUUAUAAGGGAACUUCUCUUCCCACUGAAAGGGUUAUAAAGACAACAAAGGGAGGACUCUUCCUUCAAGAGGAACCUCCUUUAACUGAAGAUGUUAGCGUUAAAAAGACUAAGAAUCAUAUCGUCUCCCUACAAGGUGAAAUUGUAGAAAGCUCAACAAUUAACAAUGACAUUCUGUCUAAAUCCUCUGAUAUCAAAGUAUUUCCUUC